UUGGCAGAUGCCCCACCGGAUUUUCUUGCAUAAAAGGAGCUGCAGUUGCUUUUCGUCCUUACUCAACUUGCGAAUUAAAACCUCUUUUAUUCAGCAUUUGCUAUGGCCGAAUCACUACCCGCCCUUCCACCCCGUGCAGAUGUUGUCCCUUCCCCGGCGGCGUCUGCGCUAGCGAAGCUGCAAACCGUAAAGGAAGCAGUCCAUAUUCCCACGGUCCGCGAGGUACUCGCUUUUAACCCCGCAAAAUCCCUCUACCGAACCGUAGUACCGUUUAUCCUCAAUAAGGAAUCCCAGCUUGGAGAGGACACUCCAGCUGCUCGAGCCCGAAGUCUCGAACGAAUUCAAUUGGUAUCAACAUGGUUAGAUGCCAAAUAUAAGAUACCGUUCACAAAAUACAAGAUUGGGCUGGAUCCUCUUGUCAGCGCUGUUCCCUAUGUUGGCGAUGUUGUCAGUACAGCGAUGAGUUGUUAUAUUGUGUAUUUGACGAGACGAUUUCAUGUACCAUGGCAUAUCACGGCCAAAAUGGUGUGGAACGUUAUGUUGAAUGCAACAUUUGGUGCAAUUCCGGUCCUAGGCUCCGCUUUUGAUAUCGCUUAUAAGCCCAACAUGCGAAACCUUAUUCUCUUGGAAGAAUUUCUGCGCAAAGAAGCUAUCAAAGCUGGUCAAGAUCCUAAAGUCAUCGAUGAGGCUCUACGGCGAUCUCGCGCAGAAAUAAUAUCGUUUCAUGAAGGAGAAAGUGGGGAGACGAGGCCAUUGCUCGCGGACGGGGCUGAACAGUCAAAACAACUAUAUCCGAACGCGGGAACUUCGGAGGAUGUCCCAGCUCCUCCCCUACCGUCAAGGGGUUAGGUGAAAGGCACAUGCCAAUUCGAUGGCUGACGCAUGUGGUAUUCUGUAUUUGGUUAUCACCGUGUAUAUGUGUUUCAUAAAUGUAGUGUAAAUUGUCACCUGCAAUAACAACCGCGUUGGCAAGACGCUAUUAUUCUUCCUCAAUGAAGAGCCCCGUAUCAAUUUAUCUACUUAGAAAACGC